ACCAUUUUGUGCAGUUAAGUACUUCUGUGCAAUACAGGUGGUAGGUGAAGAUAAUUAAAAAUUACAUAAUUUCAAUAAAUACUUAUACGUAGAAACAUGGAAAAAUAUAUUAUGAACAAUAAAUUAAAGUUUGAGAAGGAGAUCCUUGCACCAUAUACGUAUCUAAACCAGAAAGAGGGAAAGAAGAUACGAGUGAAGAUAGCUAACGCCUUCAACCACUGGCUGAAGUUGAGCGAUGAGAAGCUUCGCGAGAUUGUUGAAUCCGUCGUCAUGAUUUACAAUGCAAGCCUGCUGUUGGACGAUAUUCUAGACAGCACGAAUCUGAGAAGGGGCAUACCGUCAGCCCAUCGUGUGUAUGGAAUACCGCUCACGCUUAACACAACGCUGCAUGUCCUCUUCUUGGUGUUGAACCGAUUUGUGGAGUUACAUCCUGAGGCAGCAGAAAUAUAUGGGACAGAAAUCCUGGAUGGACUGCGCGGGCAAGGUGCAGAUUUGUAUUGGCGGGACACCUUCCAUUGUCCCACCGUACAGGACUAUAACAAAAUGGCCCAACAGAAAACUGGUCGUAUGUUCACUCUGGGCUUGCGUCUGUGCCAGCUGUUCAGUGAUAACAAAACCGACAUGUGCUCGUUGGCUCUGCAGCUCGGUCUGUACUUCCAGAUCAGAGACGACUACUGCAACCUACAGAAGCCAGAGGCUCUUGAAGAAUGGCCGACUGAAGACAACAAAAAGGCAGUGAAGGUAGAUUCCUUUUGUGAGGACCUGACGGAGGGCAAGUACACAUUGGCAAUCAUACACGCAAUGAGCACGCCACAUGGAGAAGAGGUGUUGAAUAUUCUUCGACAAAGAACUGAAGACAUCGAGCUGAAGAAGUACUGCGUGGCUCUGCUGGAGAAGUCAGGCAGCUUGGCGUACGUGCGUAGUGUUCUGGAGGACCUUAAUCGAAGUAUUAGAGCUGAGGUGGCUCGUCUCGGUGGGAAUCCGCAAAUGGAGGCAGUGCUAGACGAGAUGGAGUCUUGGAAAAAUUGAAGAAAAAACGUUAUAAUAAUUUAUUGAGCUAUUAAUAUAAAGUAUAAUUUGUAUCAUGUAUUUUUAAAUUUGCACAAAAAUAAAAUAGUAUCUGAUUUUAUCAUAAUCAAGUCUUGAAUUUUGAGUGAGUAUCAGAAAACAAUCGUAUGGCUGUAUACCGUACUAAGAAGUAGAAAAAUACAUUAUGCUUAUAUUAUAUUAAUAUACACCGUGCUACCGGCCGCGUCUAUAAUCCGCCGCGACAUGUAUGUAUCCAUUACGAGAAACUCUAUAGUAAUAUUAAAAAUAAGCUGAAGCACAUUCACACGCUAUCGAAAAAAAAAUUAAAAUUGAUGAAAAAACUUCAGAACAUCCUGUUUCAUUCUGUUUGGAAAGAAGAAGUUAAUGAACUUUAACCUAGUUUCAGAAAUUUUGUUGUUUAAUACCUACAUACCUACUAUUUUUGAUACACCUAGUCGGCGGCAGUGUCUUUACUAGGGCUGUUAAUAAAAUAUCGAUAUAUCAAAAUAUCGACAUUAUCACUUAAUAGCGAUAAGUAUUCAUUACUAAUAUUUUUAUGGACGAUAUAUCGAUAGUUCGAUAUUGUAACUCCUUGAAUUGUACUUUGGUUUUUUUUUUUUAAUAACACUGAUGGAUAAUAGACAUUGGGUACAUUAUGUGGGAUUUUGGUUUAAGACGAAUAACGUAGCGCGGUGUAUAGUCUCGUACCUUUAUGCCAGUGACUAUAUCUUGGAAUACCAUUGUGAUAUUUUGUAAUUUCGUAAAUAACUGCAUUAAAAUUACGAAUAAAAUUGAGCAGGUGUUUUAAUACCAUUUAAUAGUUAAAUAUUAAUUUAAUCAAACAAUGUAAUCAAAUGUAAGCAUGAAUUUAAUGUAACAGCGGUAGAUUUUCCUUAAUAAAUAAAUAAAUAAAAAACACCUAUAGAUCCCAAAAAUGAAAUGAUUCUAUAACACACGUUUUUUUAUUUAUUUUAUUCUUUACAAGUUAGCCCUUGACUACAAUCUCACAUGAUGGUAAGUGAUGACGCAGUCUAAGAUGGAAGCGGGCUAACUUGUUAGGAGGAGGAUGAAA